AUGCCACCAUCAUUUACGGCAAUGAAAGCCAGCCGUGAGAUCCUCCACGACAAGCUCCGCCACGAGAAACCCACAACUCCAGUGAUGAGACCCAUUCUCCGGUCGCAGUUUCAGGCACACAACCGCUCGCGACCACCACGCUUCAUCUUUCACCAUCGAUCCACCGUGCCAGAAGAUAGAAAGAUGAAGGCCAUCGCGGAGAAGAAAAGAGAAGAAGCGCCAUGUAAAAGAAAAGAUGUAACAAAUGCCAUGUGUCAGCUUUUAAGUGGUUAUAAGUAUGUGGUUUUUUUGGCAUAG